AUGUCUGUGCAUUCAAUUACUCCUGCUGAAAAUAUUACAACAACCAUCGCGGACCCCCAACCGAUUGUGCUUGAUCAACCUGAAGAUGAAGAACUCACUUCGAUUAAAUCAAAGAAGUUAGAACUCGAAGGUUCAGAUGAUCCAAACCCUAUAGACUCAUUAAAUGACUCUAAUCAUGAAAUAGAGAAGGAAUUACCUGAUCCUUAUUUAGUCACUUUUGAUGGUGGUGAUGAUGAUAAAGAAGAUGCAUCAAGAUUAUCCAACUUCCAUAAAUGGAUCAUUGUGUUGAUUAUCUCAUUAGGAUCCUUAUGUGUCACCAGUAUAUCAUCAUCAUGGUCGUUAGUUUCUGAUCAAAUCAUGGAAGAUUUUCAUAUAAGUCAAGAAGUUAGUACUUUAGGUAUAUCACUUUAUAUUUGGGGGUUAGGAACUGGAGGAAUGUUUUUAUCCCCUAUUAGUGAAUUCCAUGGUAGAAAAUUAGUCUAUAUCAUGGGGAUCUCUUUAACUUUAGCAUUUCAAUUCUUAACUGCUUUCAGUUCCAAUAUCGGUGGUGUUUUAUUCGGAAGAUUCAUGAGUGGAUUUGCAGGUCUGAGUUUUAUGUCAGUUGCUUCAGGUUCAUUCUCCGAUUUAUUCAAAGCUAGAAAAAACUCAGGUUCAGGUGAUGCGAAUAAAGAUUUAGCUUUAGCCUUGGUUCUUUAUUCAGUAUCACCUUUCAUUGGUCCUUGUACUGGUCCUUUAAUCGCUGGGUUCGUAUCUCAACAUAUGAUUUAUAAUUGGACUUUUUUCAUUUUAAUCAUGUGGACGGCAGUAGUUUUAUUCUUAGUGAUAUGUUUUGUUCCAGAAACUUAUGAACCAGUAUUAUUAGUUAAGAAAGCUAAAAGAUUAAGAAAUGAAACUGGUGAUGAUAAAUAUUAUGCUCCAUUAGAAAGAGUCAAUGUAACCUUAUAUGAAAGUGUCAUUGUUUCAUCUAGAAGACCAUUCUUAUUAAUUUUCAAAGACAAUAUGACUAUGGCUCUUUGUUUCUAUACUGGUUUUACUUUAGCUGUGGUUUAUAUGUUUUUCGUCGCCUUUCCUUACAUUUUCAGUACAGUCUAUAACUUUAGUCUUGAACAACAAGGUAUGUCAUUCAUUGGUCUUAUGGUAGGAAUGGUAUCAACCUCAAUCAUCUCCCCACCUAUCAUUAAUAGAAACUAUUCCAGAUUAUUAGCCAAACAUAAUGGUGUAUCAAAACCCGAAUUCAGAUUCAUCCCACUUAUGGCCGGUGUUUUCAUCGUUCCUAUUGGUUUAUUCAUCAUUGCUUGGACCUCCUAUGCUCAUGUUCAUUGGAUAGCUCCUAUUAUUGGAAGUGCUGUUUACGGAGUUGGUACAAUCUUAGUUUUCAAUGGUAUUUUCGCAUAUACAGUCGAAGCAUAUAGAUUAUACGCUGCAUCAGCCAUGGCUACAAAUUCAUUCAUCAGAAGUUUAAUGUCUGGUGUUUUCCCAUUAUUUGGUAUUCAAAUGUAUGAAGGGAUGGGAAUCCAAUGGGCUACUACUUUAUUAGCCUUAUUCGCCUGUGUAUUGAUUCCUAUUCCAUUCGUGUUUUACAAAUACGGUGAAAGAUUAAGAGCUAAGAGUCCUUAUGCUUGGUCUGGAUAA